CUUAUGUAAUGCUUAAGUACUGAAAAGGGGAGACUUAAGCAGUGCUUAAAUAACAGCUGAUUUUUGUUUUGAAUUUUCAGUUAUUUGUGAAAAAAGAAUAAUAAGAUAUAACAAAUUAUAUUUUGUGAAAAAAAUAUGGAAUCAGAUUGGGAUUGGGAUUUUGACAGUGACCCAGAAUACGAUGACCUCUGGAAUGUUAUAAUAAUGCGACGAACAAAAGAAAUCAGGUGCCGGCCAAAAUUCUUCAAGCUAUAUGACGAUAAAGAUUUCCGCGACAGAUUUCGGAUUAGCAAAAACAUUGCCUGGAAUGUGCUCGAUUGUAUUCGACUACAAAUUGAACACAAAACCAAGUGGAAUCAUGCAUUAUCACCAGAACAAAUGCUUUUGCUUACAUUGAGGUUUUAUGCUACGGGAAGUAUGUUGAGGACAGUAGGAGAUUUAUUUGGAGUAUCUAAAAGUACGGUAUCAAGAGUUAUAACAGUAGUUUCGCACCACAUAGCCCAAUUAAAAGACCAUCACAUUUAUAUGCCAAAAACGGAAAGAGACCUGAAAAAGUCCCAGAGAGACUUUUUUAACUUAGCUAAAUUUCCUCGAGUGAUCGCAGCAAUUGAUUGCACUCAUGUAAAAAUAAUUUCUCCAGGUGGGGAAGAUGCAGAGCUAUUUCGUAACAGAAAAGGUAUAUUUUCCAUCAACGUCCAGACGUUAUGUGAUAGUAAUCCCCGCAUCAUAGACAUCGUUGCACGGUGGCCUGGAUCCUCUCAUGAUGCUACUAUUUUCCGUAACUCUCGGAUUCAUUGUCGAUUAGAAUCUGGAGAAUUUGGUUCUGGAAUAGUAAUUGCAGACAGUGGUUAUGAAAAUAACCACUUCGUGAUUACGCCACUAAUGCAUGUCAAUACGAGUGCCGAAAAUCUUUUUAACGAGUCUCUUAUAAGAACUCGGAAUUGUAUCGAGCGCUCAUAUGGAGUCUGGAAGCUAUUACGCAACAUCUGCUGCAAUAAUCGCGAUAUAAUGGCUCCGCCACUUUCAAAUGAAAUUGAAGAUGUUGUAAACAAUAUGAUUAAUAUACCCAAUAAUCGCAAUGCUGAAAGUCAUACAAUAAAUAAUGUUACUAGAAAAUGUUUAAUAGAUAAUUACUUCAGUUUAUUGUAG